GUAAACAUUCACCUAAUAGUUAAGAUUUAGUUAACGUUUUCUGUUUGUGGUUUGAAGGACUGUGUAAGCCCUUUUUACAUAUUCUCUUAUAUAGUUCCCAAAAAUAUCUACUGAAAGAAAGGGGUGAUGUUAUUCUGUUGUGGUUUGUGGAGAAACUCAAGUCACCUGCUUGAGGCUCCUGCCUUGGGUGGUGUAUCCCAGAUUGGAACUUGGUCCUGAUGGGGUCCAGAGCCUGUGCUCCUAGUAGCAGUGUCACAUGCCUCCCAGAUGAGUCUGGAAGUGAAGGCAGGUGCAUUAGGAAGGACCACUUUUGAUACACAAAAGGGAUGAGCAGCAGGGGUCAGUUGAAGGCAAGUGGUGGCUGGAGACAUGAAGGGUGCCUUUGACCCAGGUGUGCCUCAGCUGGAGAUGACAUGAAGACCCAGGAAAAAUGAGUUGGGUGGGCUAUGCAUCAAUAAGCUGCUAGUCAGAGAAAACUCACCCAACGGUUGCUUGAAUAGUGAAGAUGGGACAGACAGGAUUUGUUCAGGGUUUGUUUUGGGAUGUCACGGGCCUACAGUGUGUCUCUGAGGUUCUCCUGUCUUUCCAUUGUGGUUACUCCAGACUCCUUGUUUCUUUCUUAUUAUCAGGAGGCAAAAUCCUUUCUAGAAGCCUUCCUGGCAAGCUUCCGUUAAUGUCUUAUUGGCCAGAACUGGGACUUGUGGUUACCUCUAGAGCCAGAGGAGUGGGCACAUUUCUAUUUGAGUUAAGGGGUCUGUUUGCAUGGAGAGGCUGUGGGGGGAAGGGACCAGCUGUCUGCAGAGGUCAGUUCCUGGGAGUGACACCUCAUGAGUGUCACCUGUCAGUGCUAAAAUAAAACCAGAUCCAUGGUUUUAAAUGUCACCUGUAUACUGACAACUGCCAAUGUAUAUCUAGCCAACCUCAACCUCUCUCUUGAAUUUUGGGCCUGUGUAGCUGAAUGUCUCGAUUCUCCAUUUGUAAGUUUAAUAGAAAUCUUAAACAUAACAUGUACAAAACAACUUUUUAUUUUUCCCUCUCAGAUACACUCGUGCAGUCUUACCCUUCUGAAAAAAAAAAAAAAUUUCAUUGUUUCAGUUGCUCAGGCCAAAAAUCCUGGUGUCUCAUCCCAUACAUCAGCAAAACCUAGUGACCAUCCCUUCAAAAUACAUCCAGAUUCUGACCUCAUCACCUCUGCUGCCAGCACUCUGAUCUAAGACACUAUCAUCUCUGGCUGGAUUUUUGCUAGAGCUUCCAGCUGCUUUCUUCCUUCCACCCACACCUCUCAAGUCUGUUCUUGAAGCGGCAGCCAGAGGGGCCACAUGUGUCAGGUCAUAUCACUCUGCUCAGACCUUCCAAGCACUUCCUGUCUCAUUCAGAGUAAAAGCCAGUGUUGUUCAACAACCUACAAGACACUUUGCCCUCCUCUCUAUCGCCCUUCCCUACUCUGCUUCAGCCCCUCUGGUCCCUGUGCCUUUCCUGUAAUACACCAAGUAGCUUGCAUCUCAGGACCUUUGCACCUGAGCCUCCUCCUGCCUGGGACAUUCUUCUACUGGUGUCCUUAUGAAGCCUGCCUUCACUCCAUCUAGUUCUCUACUUUGAUGUGGUUUUAUCAGAGGUGCAUUCCCUGACUUUUCUGUAUAAAAUAUCUCCUAUGUACCUAUUGUUGGAAACCCUGGUGGCAUAGUGGUUAAGCGCUACGGCUGUGAACUAAGAGGUCGGCAGUUCAAAUCCGCCAGGCGCUCCUUGGAAACUCUAUGGGGCAGUUCUACUCUAUUCUAUAGGGUUGUUAUGAGUCAUAAUUGACUUGACGGCAGUGAGCUUGGAGCUUGACUUAUUGUUACUUCUUGCGCUGCUUCAUUCUUUCUAGCCAUUGUCAUCACCCGGCGUAGGCAUGUCUGUCCAUCUCUGCAUUCAUUUCUGGACUGCAGGAGUUUGUCUGCUUGUCUUCAGUUUUGUACCCAUUGCCUUAAUCCUCAUGGAUGGCCUGAAUUAUACUGCCUUUUGUCUCCCCUGGCCAGUGCAUUCUGGGGAACCUGGUUUUUUUUUGUGGUGGCUGGCCUUGUGGUGUUAGCAUAGGGAGGCCUGCUUCUAGGGGCAGGGAAGGAGUGCAGCCUCAGAGGCAACUAGGGUGCCUAGCAUACCUGCCCUUCCUGGGGUUUUUGGCAGCCAAAUUCUGGGUCCAGGCCCAGAAGUGUUAGGGGAGGAAGUCAGUCAGGCAUCAUCACACUCUUCUCUCCAGCUCUGCUGCCUCCUUGGGACAAGCUCAAGAGACCCAGUGAUGGCCGUUAAGCAGCUCUUUCCUGUUGGGCCACAGGUUGCAUUGACCUUUGAGGAUGUGGCUGUGCUUCUCUCCGAGGAAGAGUGGGACUGCCUUGGUCCUGUUCAGAGGGACCUCUACAGGGAAGUGAUGCUGGAGACCUAUGGGAACCUAGUCUCACUGGGAUGUCAAGGCUCCAAACCUGAUGUCAUCUCUCGGCUGGAGCAUGGAGAAGAGCCCUGGGCCCCACACUUCCUGAGAACUGAGGGGUGCGGGAUCUGGAGGCACAGGAGUGAUGGUUGUGAUAUGAGAACUGAAAUAAAGGAAUUGACUCGAAAGCAGGAUAUUUCUGAAGAAAUGGGGUCACAGAGAGCAAAAUCAGCCCAUAUGAGGAAUAUUUCCAAGGAACCUGAUUUCGAAGAAAUGAGUAAAACUGAGGGGAAGUUAAGGAAUUACUGGAGAAAGUCUGCAGUGGAAGGACUUAAGAAAUCCUUCUGCCAGAAGAAGAAUUUCAGACCAGUGACAGUCACACAUGUGAAAACCCCCACAGGAGAGAAAGACCAGAAAUUCAAUGCCACUGGGAAAAUUUUCACCAUAGACUCAACCCUUGUCAAAUGUCUUAGGGAGUCUAGAGUGGAGCGUCUCCAUCAGAGUGCAUCAUGUAUAGAAAACUUUCAACAAAAUAAAGACCUCAUUAACCUCCAGGGCAUCCAUGUAGGAGAAGGAGCCUGUCAGACAGAUGUGUUUGCAGAAGUGCCCAGACAGAGUUCAUUUCUCAGUGAGAAUCAGAGGAUUAUUAGUCCAGAGAAACUCUUUGAGUGCACUGAGUGUGAAAAAACUUUCAGUCAGAACAGAACUCUUAUUCAACAUCAUAGAACUCACACUGGAGAGAAGCCCUAUGAGUGUAACGAGCAUGGGAAAACUUUCAUUUGGCAUGCUCUCCUUGGCAAACAUCAGAGAAUUCACACUGGUGAGAAACCCUAUAAAUGCGGUGAAUGUGGCAAAGCUUUCAGUGCUUGUUCGUACUUUAUUCAGCAUUGUAAAAUUCACACUGGAGAAAAACCCUGUGAGUGUAAUGAAUGUGGGAAAGCUUUUAGUACACGCUCAUCUUAUAUUCAACAUCUUAAAAUUCAUACUGGAGAGAAGCCCUAUGAGUGUAAUCAGUGUGGGAAAGCUUUUAGUCAUAGCUCCAAUCUGAUUCACCAUCAGAGAAUUCAUAGUGGAAAGAAACCUUACAAGUGUAAAGAAUGUGGGAAAGACUUCAGUAGACAGUCACACCUUGUUCAGCAUCAGAGAAUUCAUUCUGGAGAGAGACCUUAUGAGUGUAAUGAUUGUGGUAGAGCCUUUAGUGCACGGUUGUCUCUCAUUCAACAUCAGAGAAUCCAUACGGGAGAAAAGCCCUAUGGAUGUAAUGAAUGUGGAAAAUCCUUUAGCCUGAACCGAACCCUUAUUGUCCAUCAGAGAAUUCACACUGGAGAGAAACCCUAUAGGUGUAAUGAAUGUGGAAAAUCCUUCAGUCAGCGCUCACAAGUUAUUCAGCAUAAGAGAAUCCACACUGGAGAGAAGCCUUUUAUCUGCAAUGAGUGUGGAAAAUCAUUCAGUGCUCGUCUGUCCCUUAUCCAACAUCAGAGAAUUCACACUGGAGAGAAACCUUAUGGAUGUGAUGAGUGUGGGAAAACCUUCAGUCAAAAGGGGCACCUUAUCCAGCAUCGGCGAAUUCACACUGGAGAGAGACCCUAUGAGUGUAAUGAGUGUGGAAAAACUUUUAGUCAGAGUUUUAAUCUUAUUCACCAUCAAAGAACACACAGUGGUGAAAAGCCCUAUGAAUGUAAUGAAUGUGAUAAAGCCUUCAGUGUACUUUCUUCCCUUGUCCAACAUCAGAGAGUACAUAAUGGAGAGAAACCCUAUGAAUGCCACAAAUGUGGGAAAGCCUUUAGCCAGGGCUCCCACCUUAUUCAACAUCAAAGGAGUCACACUGGAGAGAAACCUUAUGAGUGUAACGAAUGUGGAAAAACCUUUGGACAAAUAUCUACCUUAAGUAAGCAUGAGAGAACACAUAAUGGGGAGAAACCCUACAAGUGUAGCGAUUGUGGGAAAGCUUUCAGUCAGAGUGCACACCUUAGCCGCCAUCGAAGAAUUCACACUGGAGAGAAUCCCUAUGAAUGUAGUGACUGUGGGAAGGCCUUCAGUGUUCGCUCCUCUCUCAUUCAACAUCAUAGAAUUCACACUGGUGAGAAGCCUUACGAAUGUAGUGAGUGUGAUAAGGCCUUCAGUCAGCAUUCACAAUUUAUUCAGCAUCAGAGAAUUCACACUGGAGAGAAACCUUACAUGUGCAAUGAAUGUGAAAAAUCCUUCAGUGCACGUUUAUCGCUUAUUCAACACAAGAGAAUUCACACUGGAGAGAAACCCUACGAAUGCGCUGAAUGUGGAAAAUCCUUCCGACAAAGCUCUCACCUUAUUCGACAUCAGAGAAUUCACAGUGGAGAACAACCUUACACAUGUAAUGAAUGUGGAAAAGCUUUCAGUCAGAGAAUAACUGUUACUAGUCAUGAGAAAAUUCAUGAAAUUCACAUGAGAGAACAAGCUUAUAAAUGUAGUAAGUGUGGAGAACUCUAGUGCAAAAAAAAAUGCAAAGUCAGCUUUAACUCAGCAUUGUAAAGUUCAUGGUAGAGUGUAAAUCUGUCUUAUUUGAUAAAUUCUUCAUUUUUACAUUAUGAAAGUCAUACUAGAGGGAAGCAAAGCUGUCACUUUAUGGCUUUUAUUUUGGAGACUCAGCUCUUAAGGGAUUUGACCAUCUUCCAGUUGGCUGCUAGCUAAAGACAGGCUGCCGAAUUACGUGGUAAAAAUCCCGAGGCAACGUGGCCUUCUCUUAGUUUCAGAGGAUGGUCCUCUGCUUGAGUAAACAAGUGCCAUUUAAAUAUAACUAUUUAGAUCAAGUUUUUAUAGCACCAGACCUUAAGGCACCAUUAGGUAUUUCAUUUGACCACUUGUAUUUUUUUCCUUCCCUCUUUAUAAUCUAUAUCAGCUUCAAGAAAAUUAACUGGGAUCGAUGCACUUUCAAGUGUGAUGGACCCAGGUUUUUUUUUGGGGGGGGGUGUAAUUUUUUUGUUUGGGCCUCUUAAAAAUGUUUUUAUUUUAUAGUAAGGGGUUAUGGCACUUUUAACUGAAAAUUUGUCCCUUUUUAACAUCAGAUAAUUCACACGAGAAAUUUUACAAGGAGUGCUUGCUAAAGAAUGAAGCAAGACUUGUGUGUAGAUUUAAACUGUUGAGAUCCUGCUAAGAAGUCAAAUAACUCAUGUAAAAUGGAUUCUUUUAAAAGGUAAUUUGGAAAGCAAACAAAAAAACCAGCAGACAUGAGCUGAGAGAAAAUUAGGCACAGUAGACACAUGGCAGCAUGAGAUACAAUUUAUAGGUUCUUAAAACCAAGGUCAGUAUAUUUAAUACCAGUUUCUAAGGGAGAGAAGGUUAAUAACUGAGGUGGCCCACUGGCCUCUGGGUUUCCUCUUAUUGGGCAUCCUAGCACCAAGCAGACUCUGAUGCUGAGAUCUUUAUGUAUCAGUAAUUCUCACCUCAGGCAGUGUGGAUUGUGACAAAAAAGAACUGAUGGUAAUUAGUAGUUUUUGACUGGGUACUGAAGCUGCUGGGAUUGGAACAGAGAAGAGCUAGACUAUACAAAGUCAUUUUUCUAACCCAUGGCAUCUUUAGGAAGAGUGAAGAAGCUGCCUAGUCAAUGCCUAUAUAGUCUGAUCCCUCUAGGCAGGGACUGAAACCUUGUAGCAGAACUCAGGCCAAGGAAGGGGUGGUGGUGACAGAAACCAGGUGACAUUGGUUGCUGCAGCAUCUAGUCAAAUUCCUUGAUGGGAGUAACUUGCUUCCUAGGACCAUCAACCUUUCCUGUCUUCCUACCUUCUCACCCAUCUUCGGCCUUCCCCCACCCAUAACUAUACCUUUCUGUCUCCUAAGUGUAUAUGUGUUCCUAGUGGGUCCCUGGUCUGGCGUUUCUGCAGGGUGUGUUCAGGUGCAUGUGUUGUGGGGGUUGGGAACCAAGUGUGUCUGUGUUUUUGUGUCAGUGUUGGUGGUCAGUACCUUCUCCAAGUCUUUGCACAUGCUGUUUUUCUGUCAGGAAUUUUCUCCCUCCUUUUCUUUAUCCCUUCCAUGAUCCGUGAGCUAUGUGGUUGCCCACCCACUUUUUCUGGCUCUCAGGUUUAUUGGGGAGCUGUUUUACCACUGACAGUGUAUGCUGUCGCCAAAGGCAGGGGCCUUUAUGGCUGUUUCUACAGGGUGCUGUAUGAGACGUGUACAUUUAUGGUAGGAAAAAGAAAAUUUUUGUGUGGGAACCCAUGUAUCUCAGUGGACUCUGGUGGAACUCUGUGGUUUUCAGGGUUCAAGUUAGUGGGACAAUGUACUUGAACCCAUUAAUGAACACUGAGUGUGUUGUCCUACUGACCUCUGAGGGUGGUCUUGUGAAAGUGGGAAAAAAAUCCAUACUACCUACCAAAAUUCAGACAUAGUGAUUCAGCGUGCUUCCAUUAAUGAAAAAAUGUGCUAUCAACAAAAAAAUUUAGAGCAGAAUAGGGCCUUAAAAGGGAUGUGAACAGCAUCUUCCUUGAUAAUCCUAUCUAAGCUAACUACCUCUUCAUUCCCAGUCUCCCUUUCUAAGUCUUCUGUUUUUCAUUCUUUCGGAGGUUGCUUCUGUAACUUUAAGCAAUAAACUCAUAUCCAUGAAUUUUUCAGUGUUAGGCACUAUUGACUUCUCUGUAUAAAAAAUAAGGGUUUAUUUAACUUGAUACUCUUCAAUAUGUGACAGUUUUUUCCAGUAAUUUUGAUUCAUAAUUACUGUGGUAAAAUAAAACAUUUACCAUUUUAACUGCACAAUUCAGUGACAUUAAUUACAUUAACCAUGUUGUGCAACCAUCAGCACUAUUUCCAAAAGAUUUUAUCCCAAACAGAAACUGAGUACUCCUUCAGCAAUAACUCUCCAUUCCUCCCUCACCCCAGCCCUUGGUGACCAGUAAUAAACUUUUGUCUAUGCAUUUGCCUAGUCUAGAUAUUUCAUAGAAGUUAUAUCCAGCUAUAUUUGUCCUUUUUUGCCUGACUUCACUCAGUUUAAUGCUUUCAAGGUUCAUGCAUGUCGUCAUAUGUACCAGAACGUUUCUCUUUGUGGCUGAGUAAUAUUUAAGUUUGUGUAUAUCAUAUUUAUCCAUUAAGCAGUUGAUGGACAUUUGGAUUGUUUCUGCCCCUUGCUUAUUAUGAAUAAUGCUGCAGUGAACAUUAAUGUACAAAUACCUGUUUGAGUCCUGCUUUCAAUUCUUUGGGGCAUAUACCUAGAAGUGGAAUUGCCGGAUCAUAUGGUAAUUCUGUGUUUAACUUUUUGGGAACUGCCAGACUGUCUUGGUUCUCUUCAAAACACGAUUUUUUAUUCCAUUAAAUGCAGUAUCUCUAAGUAAGAUGAAGCUCUCAAUGCCCCUACUCUUCCUAAUACAUUUUUCACUGUCUCAAUUUUGUUAAUUCCACAAACAUCAAGUUGUAUAACUUAAUCUCAUCUGCAGACUCUCUUGCCAAGUGAAAUAGCAUAUUCCGUUUCUGGGGAUUAGGGUGUGGGCAUCUUUGGGGGAGGGCGUUACUCUGCCUACCACAAGGGUUUUGUGUUGCACUUUAUAUCUGCAUGUGCUAAUUACCAUAUGAAGUGCUUGCUGUAGUCAGUGAUCUCUUGAAAAGCCUUUCUUGGACAAUGUGGGUUUAAUUCUACCUCUUUAUGACUUGCUAAAAACAGAACAAUACCAGUUACCAAGCAGUAGGAAACUUACUAUGUUUAACAUGUGAACAAAAGUGUUCAGUUUUUCCUUAAAAGAAACUGCCGAGCUAUUUUCGAGUGGCUGCACCAUUUUAUAUUCCCAUCAGCAAUGUAUAAGAGAGCCAGUUUCUCUGAAUCCUCUCCAGUAUUUGGUACUGUCAUUAUAGAAAGUACAACAAAACAUUAUAGAUAUUUAUUGUAAACAAUUGUAUAUUAGCCAGGAAGAUGUACAGGUCCCCUGGCGUUACUGCUAUUACUGCACCAUUAUCUGAAGUUGCGAUAUCAUCUAACCUCCAGAGCAGAGCCAGAGAAGUGAUGAGAAGGCCCUAGCUUCAAUUAUGUAAGCAGUAAACCUUUCAAUCCGUCUUGGUGUGUGUGUGGCAUCAUCAUUUUCAACAUCCCAACCAAAUUGUGGGUGGGGCAUCCAUCUUUUCCAGAGUUCACAGUACAGUCUAUGCUUAUAGUUGGACUCAUGGCUCACUAGCCUUAUUUUUCUCUAUUUCCUUUCAUUCUGAGGUCUUCACUCUGGUUCAUUCACUGUCAUGUUAAAGCAUUUUUUUAGUGUUUUCUUCGGUGUGUGUACCAAGGGGAUACAAUCUCAAAUGUUAUCCAUUUGCCUUGAUAGAUAAUGCUGUCAUAAUGUACAUGAGAUUCUUGGGUUGUAGUACUUUUUCCUCUGUGGUUUGUAGAAGCUAUUCCAUUCUCUUCUGUCUUUCGUUGUUGAAGAUGAGAAAUCUGAUAAUCUUAUUCUCCACCCCCCACCACUGCCUUGCAGCUAAUCUGAACUUUCCAAAAAUUUGUAUUAUUUUUCUCUUUAUUCCUAAGAGUUUAGGAAUUUUACUGUGAUAGGUCUUGUUAUGGUAACCCUGGUGGCGUAGUGGUUAAGUGCUACGGCUGCUAACCAAAAGGUCGGCAGUUGGAAUCUGGCAGGCGCUCCUUGGAAACUCUACGGGGCAGUUCUCCUCUGUCCUGUGGGGUCGCUAUGAGUCGGAAUCGACUUGACAGCAAUGUGGUUUUUCUUUGGUUAGGUCUUGUUAUAUGUUUUUGUCUCAGCGAUGCAGUCUGGAACUCAUUGAGCUGUAUCUGCCAAUUGGAGUUUUGUCAGACAAAGUAUUAGGGAAUGGGAGAGGGGCCAGGGGUUGAAGUUAUAAGCAGGGGAAAACAACUAUAAUGGUAAACCAUGAGUCUUAGCUAGGUAAGAAGGGAAAUGAGGACAGGAGGGAGAUAAUGGUAAAUAAAAAGUAGUAGGGUUCAACAAAUGGCCCUGGAAGAACUGGAUAUCCACAUUCAAAUGAAUAAAGUUGGAACCCUACCUCACACCAUUUACCUAAAUUAACCUAAAAUGGAUCAUAGGUCUAAAUGUAAGAGCUAAAACUAUAAACUAUAAAAAUUAUAAGCUGUAAACUCUUAGAAGAAAACAUAUGUCUUCAUGACCUUGGAUUAGGGAAGUUUCUUAAGAAGUAUGACACUAAAAAAGCACAAGCAACCAAAGAAGAAAUAGUUAAAUUGGACCUCAUCAAAUUUUAAAACUUUUCUGCUUCAAAGGACACUACCAAGAAAGUUAAAAGACAACCUACAGGAAUGGGAGAAAAUGUCUUCUAAUCAUAACUGAUAAGGGCCUAGUAUCCAGAAUAUCUUUUCCAUUGUCUCUUUCCACAGAUGUAGUCAAUACAUCAGAAAGAGACGAUGGAAAAGCUCAAUAUCAUCAGUCAGAACAAGGCCAGGGGCCGACUGUGGAACAGACCAUCAAUUGCUCAUAUGUAAGUUCAAGCUGAAAUGGAAGAAAACCAGAUCAAAUCCACAGGAGCCAAAAUAGGACCUUGAUUAUAUCCCACCUGAAUUUAGAGACCAUCUGAAGAAUAGGUUUGAUGCAUUGAACACUAGUGACUGAAUACCAGACGAGUUGUGGAAUGACAUCAAGGACAUCAUCCAUGAAGAAAACAAGAGGUCACUGAAAAGACAGGAAAGAAAGAAAAGACCGAGAUGGAUGUCAGAGGAGACUCUGAAACUUGCUCUUGAGCGUCGAGCAGCUAAAGCAAAAGGAAGAAUUGAUGAAGUAAAAGAACUGAACAGAAGAUUUCAAAGGGCCUCUUGAGAAGACAAAGUAAAGUAUUAUAAUGACGUGCAAAGAGCUGGAGAUGGAAAACCAAAAGGGAAGGACAUGCUUGGCGUUCCUCAAGCUGAAAGAACUGAAGAAAAAAAUUCAAGCCUCGAGUUGCAAUAGUGAAGGAUUCCACGGGGAAAAUAUUAAAUGAUGCAGGAAGCAUCAAAAGAAGAUGGAAGGAAUACACAGAGUCACUAUACCAAAAAGAAUUAGUCGAUAUUCAACCAUUUCAAGAGGUGGCAUAUGAUCAGGAACCAAUGGUGCUGAAGGAAGAAGUCCAAGCUUCUCUGAAGGCAUUGGCAAAAAACAAGGCUCCAGAAAUUCAUGGAAUAUCAGUUGAGAUGUUUCAACAAAUAGAUGCAGUGCUGGACGUGCUCACUUGUCUAUGUCAAGGAAUAUGAAAGGCAGCUUCCUGGCCAACUGAUUGGAAGAGAUCCAUAUUUAUGCCUAUUCCCAAGAAAGGUGAUCCAACCGAAUGUGGAAAUUAUAGAACAAUAUCAUUAAUAUAACACACAAGCAAAAUUCUGCUGAAGAUCAUUCAAAAACGGCUGCAGCAGCAUAUUGACAGGUAACUGCCAGAAAUUCAGGCCGGUUUCAGAAGAGGACAUGGAACCAGGGAUAUCACUGCUGAUGUCAGAUGGAUCCUGGCUGAAAGCAGAGAAUACCAGAAGGAUGUUUAUCUGUGUUUUAUUGAUUAUGCAAAGGCAUUUGACUGUGUGGAUCAUAGCAAACUAUGGAUAACACUGUGAAGAAUGGGAAUUCCAGAACACUUAAUUGUGCUCGUGAGGAACCUUUACAUAGAUCAGGAGGCAGUUGUUCGGACAGAACAAGGGGAUACUGAUUGGUUUAAAGUCAGGAAAGGUGUAUGUCAGGGUUGUAUUCUUUCACCAUACCUAUUUAAUCUGUAUGCUGAACAAAUAAUACGAGAAGCUGGAUUAUAUGAAGAAGAAUGGGGCAUUGAGAUUGGGGGAAGACUCAUUAACAACCUGCGUUAUGCAGAUGACACGACCUUGCUCUCUGAAAGUGAAGAGGACUUGUAGCACUUACUAAUGAAGAUCAAAGACCACAGCCUUCAGUAUGGAUUGCACCUCAACAUAAAGAAAACAAAAAUCCUCACAACUGGACCAGUGAGCAGCAUCAUGAUAAACAGAAAAGAUUGAAGUUGUCAAGGAUUUCAUUUUACUUGGAUCCGCAAUCAACAGCCAUGGAAGCAUUUGUAUUGGGCAGAUCUGCAAAGGACCUCUUCAAAGUGUUGAAGAGUAAAGAUGUCACCCUGAAGACUAAGGUGCGCUUGGAUUCAAUCUAUGGAAUUAGCUUGUGUCUUGAGCCAGUUUCUUUUGGGAUAUAAAAGAGGGAAACAAGGAGUGCUGGGAGCAGAGCACAUCCUUUGGACCCAGGGUUCCUGCUCUGAGAAGCUCCUAGUCCAGGGGAAGGUUGCUGAGAAGGCUGACAGAGAGAGAAAGCCUUCCCCUGGAGUUGAUGCCCUGAAUUUGGACUUUUGGCCUCCCUUACUGUGAGAAAAUAAAUUUCUCUAUUAAAGCCAUCCACUUGUAUUUCUGUUACAGCAGCAGUAGAUUACCAAGACAACGGUAUAUUCAGUACUUUCCGCCAGCAUCACAGUUCAAAGGCAUCUGUUCUUCAGUCUUCCUUAUUCAUUGUCCAGCUUUUGCAUGCAUAUGAGGUGAUUGAAAACACCAUGGCUUGGGUCAGGCCCACCUUAGUCUUCAAGGUGACAUCUUUGCUUUUUAACACUUUAAAAAGGCCUUUUGCAGCAGAUUUGCCCAAUGCAGUGCGUCUUUUGAUUUCUCGACUGCUGCUUCCAUGGCUGUUGAUUGUGGAUCCAAGUGAAAUGAAAUCCUUGACAACUUCAGUCUUUGCUGUUUAUCAUGAUGUUGCUUAUUUGUCCACUUGUGAGGAUUGUUGUUUUCUUUGUGUUGAGGUGUAAUCUAUACUGAAGGCCGUGGUCUUUGAUUGUCAUCAGUAAGUACUUUAAGUCUUCCUCACUUUCAGAAGCAAGAUUGUGUCAUCUGCAUAUCGAAGGUUGUUAAUGAGCCUGCCUCCAAUCCUGAUGCCCUGUACUUCUUCACAUAGACCCGCUUUCCUGAGUUUAAAACACGCAGUACCUUUUGUUCUGUUCAAACAACUGGCUCUUAAUCUACAUACAGGUUCCUCAUGAGCACAAUUAUUCUGGAAUUCCCAUUCUUCACAAUGUUAUCCAUAAUUUGUUAUGAUCCACACAGUCAAAUACCUUUGCAUAGUCAAUAAAACACAGGUAAACAUCUUUCUGGUAUUCUGUGCUUUCAGCCAGGAUUCAUCUGAGUCAGAAUUGACUCGAUGGCAAUGGGUUUGGUUGGUUUGGUAUGCAUGUGUUUAUCUCAAGGAAAUGGCUCACACACUUGUAGAGGCUGGCAAGUCCCAAGUCCAUGUGUCAGGCAUCAGGCUGGAGGCUUCUCCUGACUCAGCUGCAGGGGUUGAUGAAUCCCAAGAUCAGCAGGUAAGCUGCUAGCUCAAGUCCCAAGAACUGGUCAAGUGAUGAUGAGCCAGAUGUAGGAUUCAGAGCAAGAGGCUUGCUGGACCAUCCAUUUAUAUACUGAAGGCCAGUCACACCCCCAGGGAAACUCCCUUUCAACUGAUUGGCUGCCCACAGCAGAUCUUAUCAUGGAGUUGAUUACAUCAGUAUAUAACUGCUAAAUUACAUCAUUACAUAACUACAAAACUACAUCAUAACUGCAAAAUCACUGAGAAUCAUGGGCCAGGCAAGUUGACACAUAACCAUCACAAGGACUUCCCUCAAAAUCUGAGAUAACACCUAUUCCUGUGGGGCGAACACCAUUUUCACAGAUCUAAUUUAAUGCCUGGUGACUACUAGUGGUUCAGAAGGAUAAGAAAAUACAAAAUCUUUAAUCAAAUGGCUUUCUGAACAUGAUUAUAGAAAGGAGAAUGGACAAAGACCAGCUAGGUGACCACUGCACAAGUUAUAGUACCGUUUUGUAACUACGUUUCUUCCCUAAUCCGCCUGAUGAGUCAAAGAAGUCCAGCUUAUAAUUAGUGAUUUUUUGGAUUGUUGUUAGGUGCUGUUGAAUCGGCUCCAACUCAUAGCAACCCUGUGUACAACAGAACGAAACACUGCCCAAUGCUGCACCAUCCUCACAAUUGUUAUGCUUGAGCCGAUUGUUGCAGACACUGUGUCAGUCCAUCUCAUUGAGGGCCUUCCUCUUUUUUGCUGACCCUCUACUUUACCAAUCAUGAUGUCCUCUGGGGACUGAGCCGUCCUGAUAACAUGUCCACAUAUGUGAGAAGAAGUUUUGCCACCCUUGCUUCUAAGAAUUCUGGCGGUACUUCUUCCAAGACAGAUCUGUUUGUUCUUUUGGCAGUCCAUGGUACAUUCAAUAUUCUUUGCCAACACCACAAUUCAAAAGUGUCAAUUCUGCUUUAGUCUUCCUUAUUGUCCAGCUUUCACAUGCAUAUGAGGUGAUUGAAAACAGCAUGGCUUGAGUGAGGAGCACCUUAGUCUUCAAGGUGACAUCUUUCCUUUUCAACAUCUUUGCUUUAAAAGAGGUCUUUUGCAGCAGAUUUGCCUAAUGCAAUACAUCAUUUGAUUUCUUGACUGCUGCUUCCAUGGGUGUUGAUUGUGGAUCCAAGUAAAAUGCAAUCUUUGACAACUUCAAUCUUUUCUUUGUUUAUUAUGAUGUUGCUUAUUGGUCCAGUUGUGAGACAUGACCAGGAGAAAUGAUACUUGCAAGGCUACUAGUUUAUGUGAACCCUGGUGGUGCAAUGGUUAAGCACUUGGCUGCUAACCAAAAGGUCAGUGGUUCAAACCCACCAACCACUCCAAGGGAGAAUGAUGUGGUACUCUGCUUCCAUAAGGAUUAUAGCCUUGGAAACCCUAUGAUUCUACUGAAUCGACUGGACAGCACACAACAAGAGCAACCAGUUUAUAAUAGUUUCUGCCUCAGUUAUCUAGUGCUGCUAUAACAGAAAUACCACAAGUGGAUGGCUUUAACAAAGAUAAAUUUAUUGUCUCAGUCUAGGAGGCUGUUGUUGUUAGGUGCUGUUGAGUCGGUUCUGACUCAUAGCGACCCUACGUACAACAGAAUGAAACAUAUUAAACGAAGUCUAGGAGGCUAGAAGCCCGAAUUCAGGGCACCAGCUCCAGCGGAAGGCUUUAUUUCUCUGUCAGCUCUGCGGGAGAGUCCUUAUCAUCAAUCAUCUCCUGGUCUAGGAGCUUCUCAGUGCAAGUACCCCGGAUUUGAAGGACUUUGCUCCUGGUGCUUCUUUCUUGGUGGCAUGAGGUCCCUUUCCUCUCUCUCAAUUCUCUUUUUUGUAUCUCAAAAGGGACUGACUAAAGAUACAACCUAAUCCUGUGUAUUGAGUCCUGCCUCAUUAACAUAACUGACUCUAAUCCUGCCGAAUUAGCAUCAGGAUUAGGAUUUACAACACACAGGAUAAUCACAUCAGAUCACAAAAUGGUGAACAACAAUAUAAUACUGGGAAUCAUGGCCUGGCCAAGUCGACACACCUUUUGGGGGGACACAAUUAAAUCCAUGACAGUUUCCUUGUGAGAGACAAGAAAAUAAAUGUCUCCAUUGUAUAUUGAGAAGGAAAUGUUUCUCCCAUAGCACCAUAACAGAGUGGGCCAUAUAAACCAGAAGUUAUGUGUGAGAAAGCUUCCCUGUGGUUCUGCCUGGGUGCACUGACAUGUCCUACUGACAUGUCCCACAUCUCCAGUGUGACUGUACUGUGGUGCUGGGAAUCUGUAAGAAUUGCUGGACCUGAGGCAUUGAUUGCAUCUGUGCUUUUCUCAUCAGUGUAUUAAGUAUCCAGAUGAUCAAUAACCAAACAGUGAACGGGAUCACUGCCUCCCAAAGGCUGUGGCCUUUCUGACUUUUGAAGAUCCCUUGGUGACGGCUGUGGCCUGCACAGCUCUUCCCUUCUCCACUCUCACAGCUGUGGUCCUUGGGGUACUUCACUGUGGUACUUGUGAAGUACCGAGACACUCCCAUUGUCAAGGCCAAUUGGACUCUCAGCUACGUCCUCCUCACCUUCCUCUCCCUGUGUUUCCUCUGCUCCUUUCUCUUCAUUGGAUGUCCCAACACAGCCACCUGCAUUCUCUGGCAAACCACAUUUGGAGUUGUGUUUACUGUGGUUGUUUCCAGUGUUUUGGCCAAAAUCAUCACUCCGAUCCUGGCUUUCAAGGCCACUGUAGCAGGCAGGAGGGUGAGGCACUGGUUGGUAUCGGGGUCACCUAAUGUUACCAAACCGUAGAAGGUGAGUUCUGUCUGGUAUGCUCAGACUUGGCAAUAAUCUGGACACUGGUCUUUGAGAAAGAGAAAGUAAUUUUACUGCAAUGUGAAGAGCAAGGAGCAGGGAGGAAGUUCCUCAGAUCUGACUCCCCAAGCUAUGGGAAGCAGGGCUUAUAUGUGAUUUGGGCAGCAAGAUUGCAGCCAGGCAGGCAUACUGGGGAGGGACAAUUCAAGAAGGCGGUCAGGAACCAGGAGGUGACUUUGUUCUUGUCGGAUGUCUCGUUUUGGAAUAGGGUCUAGGUGAUAAUUUUUAUUCUGAUUCAUUCCACUUGUUGCUAUGUCCUCUGUUGAGGUCAAUUAGUGGCCACAUUUGGCCCUUCUGCACAUGUGGGGCAGGCCAGAUCUGACUUGGGCUAGUUUAUGGACUAAUGGAAAACGUACUGGCAUUUGUAGGGUCAGGUUACACUAACUGUCAUUCCCAUCUGCUCCCUGAUCUAGGUGACUGUCUGUGGAGUCUGGCUGCGAACCUCUCCGCCCUUCACUGACACAGACAUACACUCCGAGCCUGGGUUUGUCCUCAUAUGCAGUAAGGGCUUGGUCACUGCCUUCUCCUGUGUUCUAGGAUACCUGGGCUCCUUGGCCCUGGGGAGCUUCACUGUGGCUUUCCCGGUGUAAAAAGGGCAUGGGGGCGGCAGCUGACCUCCUCUAACUUCACAACGGGGAAGGAGAAUCAAGAUCAACACCCCAAGGCUGAUUCCUAUGAGGUGGAGGUCAGACAUGCCUCUUCUCUCCACUAUCCUUACCAAUUGUGACACCACUGCCCCUCCCAUGGCAGUCUCUACUUCUCUGCUGAGUUCGGUAAUUCAUUGCAAUGGCCACACAGAACUCACAGACAAUAUUCAUGAUUAUGGGUUUUUUUUGGGAAGUAACAGGUUAUAAUUCAUGUUCAGAAAUGCUCAGGAUACAGGUCUUCCACAAGCACAGCCUCUUAGCCAUGCCCACAGGCACACCUCUUUCUGGCUCUCAGCUUCUACCCUGCUUGGGCAAGUGUAAUAAACCACUUUUAGCUCUGCUGAUAAGUGCCCAAAGGCACUCUACUCUGGCAGUAAGCCUCAGCCUGAAGGUGCUCAGCUCUAACUCUGUGGGUCAGCAAACCAAGCUUAUCAAGUACCCAGAGGCACCCUACUCCUCCAGCAAGUCUCCUGCCUGAAGGCGCUCAGCUUUCUUGCUCUGUGGGCCAGGCCAUCUCCCCCCGGUUCUCCUGGCUCUGCUGCUGCCAUUUCUCUGCUGCUACUUCUGGCCGUCUUCAGUGUUACGGUUCUCCCUAUCAGUCUCCUGGUUCCAGGAGGUUCUCAGCACAGGAAUCCUGGGUCCAAAGGAUGUGCUCUGCUCCUGGCUCUUCUUCGUUGUUGGUGGUGAGAUCCUCUCUCUGCUCUGAAAUUGGCUCUCUUUUAAGCCUAGUGGGAUGGCAAAACUGACCGAUUCCCAUGGUGAGCCACAAUUACCUUAUUUACACAAUCCCACUCAAGUGAGUUAAAAGACCUUGGCAAGAAAGGCCCUACAAAAGCAGUCCAUUGCACUGCACCUGGCCAGAAGCCUGCCAAGUACCUGACAUUCACCAUGCUGGUGUUCUGCAGUGUCUGGGUCAACUUCCUGCCUGUCUACCACAGCACCAAAGGGAAGGUCAUGGUGGCUGUGGAGAUCUCUCCACCUUGGCCUCCAGUGCUUGGCUGCUGGGCUGCA